ACUAGGACUAGGAGUAAUGACUAACGAGUAAUCUAUGCUCACUUACCUCUAUCCCCUUUCCAUUUCCCAAACGGUCCUGUCUCUUCCUCUCUCUAAAACCAGUACUGAACAACCAAAGCUCUCUCUCUCUCUCUCUCAUAAUGUUAUGUUACAGCUCUCUGUUCUUUUACUUUCUAGCCACCUUUUUCUCUGCUACUUUCUUUUCCCUUUCACACGGCCAUUAUUCUCACUUUCCACUAGCAACACCACCCACUUCAGGGUGGGAAAAUGAGGGAAAGUAUAGUGUGGAGCGGGAGCACUCAUCGAAGACUCGGAAGUAUUUUGUGGAGGGUCCCACUGUUUUACCUGUUGUGAACUCAAAUUUUAUCUUGGCUUCAGAGAGAACUCAGAGAAAAGAUCCUCUUAAUGGCUUCAAAAAAUACACCAAAGGAUGGAAUAUCCGUGACCGCCAUUACUGGGCUUCAGUGGGUUUUACUGCAGUUCCUUUGUUUGUCAUCGCUGCAGUCUGGUUCCUGGCUUUUGGACUGUGCCUAUGUCUCAUUUGUCUCUUUCAUUUCUGUCACAAAAAGGAGUCUUAUGGCUAUUCCAAGACGGUUUAUGUUCUUUCUCUUAUUGUCCUCAUAAUUCUCACGAUAACAACCAUUAUUGGAUGUGUUAUUUUAUAUACUGGUCAGGAGAGGUUUCACCGUAGUACAACAAAUACAUUGGAGUAUGUUGUACAUCAGGCAGAUCUCACAGUUGAGAAGCUCAGGAACGUGUCAGAUUAUCUUGGUGCAGCUAAGCAGGUUGGAGUGGAUCAAGUUUUUCUACCUUCAAAUGUUCAAACUGAUAUUGACCAGAUUGAAACCAAGAUUAAUUCUUCUGCUAGUAUCCUCGCUGGCCGAACAGUGGAGAAUUCAGAAGACAUGCAUGAUCUCUUGGAUUCUGUGAGACUUGCAAUUAUUGUAAUCGCUGCUAUUAUGCUUGUCUUGACAUUUCUUGGAUUAUUAUUUUCUGUAUUUGGCAUGCAGUCUCUUGUUUACAUCGUGGUGAUCACUGGAUGGAUACUUGUUACAGGGACCUUUAUUUUGUGUGGCACGUUCCUUCUUCUCCAUAACGUAGCAGCAGACACUUGUGUUGCAAUGGAUGAAUGGGUUCAAAACCCAACUUCUUAUACAGCUUUAGAUGAUAUACUGCCCUGCGUGGACAAUGCAACUGCACAGGAAACCUUGUUGCGGAGCAAGGAAGUCACUUUUCAACUUGUUGAUAUGAUCAACUCAGUCAUUACCAAUGUCUCUAACAUAAAUUUCUCUCCCAACUUCAAGCAAAUGUAUCUGAAUCAAUCUGGCCCAUUGGUACCAAUCCUCUGCAAUCCAUUUCAUCCUGACUUCACUGAUCGUGAUUGCUCUGAUGGUGAGGUGGAACCGAGCAAUGCAACUGAAGUUUGGAUGAGCUACGUCUGCCAGGUUUCUACAACUGGGAUAUGCAUCACAACAGGGCGAUUGACCCCAGCCCUUUUCAACCAGAUGAUGGCUGGAGUAAAUGUGGGUGUUGCCUUGUACAAUUAUGGUCCUUUCCUGGUUGAGCUUGAAGACUGCACAUUUGUGCGUCAAACUUUCAGCGAAAUAUAUAGGGAUCACUGUCCUGGUCUUCGGCAAUACAGUAGAUGGAUCUAUAUAGGAUUGGUGAUGGUCUCUAUUGCGGUUAUGCUCUCUCUAAUCUUCUGGCUUAUAUAUGGGAGAGAAAGGCGCCACCGUGUUUAUACCAAACAAUUAGUGCCUGAAGGAGGCAAGGAGAAUUAAGAGAGGCUUAAAAUUAUUUGCAUUGCUGGUAUUGGUUGGACAAUUUCUUUUACCUUCAGUUUGGCUUCCAGGUUUUGUAUAUAUUAAAUUGUACUGUUGUAGUUUAAAGAACUUUGUUAUUAUGCUUUUACAUAUUUUUGCUGGGUUGUAUCACUGUAUGCUAUGACUGUUAUCAUUUAAAUUUUAUUUUACCUUGUCA